CCGAAGUAGAAGACCAAGCGAGAGAGAGAGAGAGAGAGAGAGAGUUGCGCAGUUGCAGCAAUGGCGAAGGCGGAGCAGCAGGUGGUGCUCUCUCGGAUUCUACUAUUGCUGCUGGUGUUCCACCCCCAGGUCAACGGUCUCUCCAACACGGAAGUUGAUGCAUUGUAUAGUCUGAAGUCCAACCUCAUUGAUCCUGACAAUGUUCUGCAAACUUGGGAGCCCGAUAAUGUCAAUCCAUGCAAAUGGUUUCAUGUUACAUGUAACAAUGAGAACAGUGUUAUAAGAAUCGAUCUUGGACAUGCCUCAUUGUCUGGUCAUCUUGUCCCACAGCUUGGUCAACUUAGUAAUCUGCAAUACCUGGAACUCUUUGGCAAUAACUUUAGUGGUGUAAUACCUGGUGUGCUUGGAAAUCUAACCAACCUUGUGAGCUUGGAUCUUUACUCGAACAAUUUCAAUGGUGCAAUACCUGACUCUCUGGGGAAUCUCUCAAAGCUCCGAUUUCUUCGGCUAAACAACAAUAGCCUCUCUGGUUCUAUUCCAUACUCUUUAACCUAUAUCACCUCCCUCCAAGUCCUAGAUUUAUCAAACAACAACCUAUCAGGAGAAGUUCCAUCAAGUGGCUCCUUUGCUCAAUUCACCCCUAACAGCUUUGCUAACAAUCCUCUACUAUGUGGUACUCUUGCUGCAAAGCCUUGCCCGGGUGCUCCUGCAUUUUCUCCACUUCCACCAUAUGCUGUUGCUCCUACACCAAUGUCAUCAUAAGUAUGCAAUGAAGAGCUUGACCAGAUUGUGCUCUUAUAGAAUCAUUUAAUAAAGCAUUCAUCUGGUUAUAUAUGUAAGUGCUUAUUCUUGAAUAAGCUGAAGGGUUCUACUAUUAGAAUGAUUUAAAUUUAUGUGCCAUGUAACUGGAAAUUAUCCUGAAAUAAGAAAGCACCAUUGCAUUAUAAA